CUGUUCCGAUUGCCUGCUUUCCUGACUCCACACAGCUUAUCAAAUUGUUAUUACACCGCAGAUGGGAUGCGGCUCAUUUAUUUAAUUCCAUUCACCACAAAGAGCUUUUGAUUUUGAUUUUUUUUUUACGCACAAAAAAGAGGAGGGAAAAUGAAUCAAUGGGUGCAGUAAAAAUAAAAGGAUUGAAGUUGAGGCAAUUAAGAGUGAUUCUGAUGAUUUUAAAUGUGUAACCAAAAAGCUCCUCUGUUUGUGGGAGAGAAUCGAUCCCAUUGAUUGGUAAUAAACUUGAUUGACUGGAGGAGGAGGACGACAGUGGCGCAAUUAGGGGGUGAUUUGGUGCAGAGGCUUGGAGCUGUGAGAUACAUUUGGUUCAUGUGGAACGUUUUGGGUUUGGACUCGGUGAUUUUUUUUUCCUCUAGCACCGAAAAUCCGGAUAGAGAGAGGAGAGGAGAGGAGAGGAGGUGUGCGCGCAUCCGUGGGGUUUAUGCGCAAAGUGCGUAAAGCUGAGAGAAGACUAUGGAUGAAAAUCAGGAUAUUUAGGAGAGAGGGGCGUGAAACUGCUGAGCUCCGCAAGGAAGUUGCCCGAGGCGGACAGGGACCCCGAGGAGUCUGCGGGGGAGGCUGGAGCUUCUCCCUCCGCGCACUGCCGGAUCAAUUUCACAUUUCUGAGGCUCUCCUGAAGAUGUGACUUGCAGAUUACAUGCUCCACUCCUGAACUAGACUUCGACAACUUGACUGCCACAUUUCGACACUAUUUUUGCCCAUUUUUUUGGACUCUUUCUUCUGGAUUAUGAUUCUCUCAUGGGGCUCGGCUAGUUCCAUCCCCGGGGUCCUCCACCCCUCCUUCGUUGUCCAGUAGGACGGCCUAAAUUUCAAUCUUUUGGCUUUGGAAUACCUUCCCGAGCUUCGUCUAACAUCACCUUAGGGUCUUGUUUGCCACCAAUCAUGGAGCCACAGUGGAUCCUAGCUGCCUACCACCGGUCUCCCUCCGUCAUCUUCCUCCUCGUGGCCACUUCCUACACUUGGCUCCUUCCCAUCACCUCCCCUCAGCGGAUCCCCACCGACCCCCAGGCGGCUCCGGAAUAUGCUCACUCCAUCCGGCUGGAUGGCGACAUCAUCCUCGGCGGAUUAUUCCCGGUGCACUCGAGGGGGGACCGCGGCACGCCAUGCGGCGAGCUGAAAAAGGAGAAGGGCAUCCAUCGCUUGGAGGCCAUGAUGUUCGCCAUCGACCUGAUUAACAAGGACCCCGAACUGCUGCCCAACAUCACACUGGGGGCCCGGAUCUUGGAUACCUGCUCCAGGGACACGUACGCUCUGGAGCAGUCCCUCACGUUCGUGCAGGCCUUAAUCGAGAGGGACGGCUCGGACGUCCGCUGCGCUAACGGGGACCCUCCGAUGUUCACCAAGCCGGAUAAAAUCGUAGGGGUGAUUGGAGCCGCCGCCAGCUCGGUGUCCAUCAUGGUGGCCAACAUCCUGCGCCUCUUUAAGAUCCCCCAGAUCAGCUACGCCUCCACGGCCCCUGAGCUCAGCGACAACACUCGCUACGACUUCUUUUCCCGUGUGGUACCACCGGACUCCUACCAGGCCCAGGCCAUGAUGGACAUUGUCACAGCGAUGGAGUGGAACUACGUGUCCACGCUGGCCUCCGAGGGAAACUACGGCGAGAGCGGUGUGGAGGCCUUCAUCCAGAUUUCCAGAGAAACUGGUGGCGUGUGCAUCGCCCAGUCUUUGAAGAUCCCAAGGGAGCCCAGGCCAGGGGAGUUUGACAAGAUCAUCAGACGCCUGCUGGAGACCUCCAAUGCCAGGGCCAUCAUCAUGUUCGCUAAUGAGGACGACAUACGACGAGUUCUGGAUGCAGCUAAAAGGAACAACCAGACAGGCCACUUCCUGUGGGUGGGUUCAGACAGCUGGGGGUCCAAGAUCUCCCCUGUGAUUGGCCAGGAGAGAGUGGCCGAGGGAGCCAUUACGAUUCUUCCCAAACGAGCAUCUGUGGACGCAUUCGACCGGUACUUCCGAAGUCGCUCACUGUCCAACAACAGAAGAAAUGUUUGGUUUGCCGAAUUCUGGGAGGAAAACUUCAACUGUAAGCUGGGGAUGCACGGUAAACGUCCCGGUAGCCUGAAGAAAUGCACAGGUUUAGAAAAAGUCGGCCGUGAUUCCAGCUAUGAACAGGAGGGGAAAGUUCAGUUUGUGAUGGAUGCCGUCUACGCUAUGGCCCACGCUCUGCACCGGAUGCACCGCGAGCUCUGCUUCGGAUACCCAGGACUCUGCCCGAGGAUGGCCAGCAACAUUGACGGCAAAGAGCUGCUGAGCCACAUUCGUGCCGUCAGCUUCAAUGGAAGUGCCGGUACGCCAGUGGUUUUCAACGAGAACGGAGACGCUCCGGGAAGAUACGAUAUCUUCCAGUACCAGAUCACCAACAGAUCUACUGCUGAGUACAGAGUCAUCGGCUCCUGGACCAAUAAACUACACCUCAAAGUGGAGGCCAUGCGUUGGAGGACGGGGGACCCUUCUCUCCCAGCGUCCGUAUGCAGCAUCCCAUGCCGUGCAGGCGAAAGGAAGAAAGUGGUGAAAGGUGUGCCGUGCUGCUGGCACUGCGAACGCUGUGAGGGAUACCACUAUCAGGCUUCAGAGUUCACCUGUGAGCUGUGUCCAUAUGAGAUGCGACCCGAUUCCAACCGGACCGGUUGUGUUCCCAUCCCCAUCAUCAAACUGGAGUGGCACUCCCCCUGGGCCAUCUUCCCCGUCUUCAUCUCCAUGCUGGGCAUCAUCGCCACCUCUUUCGUGAUCGUCACGUUUGUCCGGUACAACGACACGCCCAUCGUACGGGCGUCUGGACGGGAAAUGAGCUACGUACUGCUAACGGGAAUCUUCCUGUGCUACGCCAUCACCUUCCUGAUGAUCGCAACACCGGAUGUGGGCGUUUGUUCGUUCAGACGGAUUUUCUUAGGCCUGGGGAUGUGUUUCAGCUAUGCUGCUCUGCUCACCAAGACCAACAGGAUACAUCGCAUCUUUGAACAAGGGAAGAAGUCUGUAACAGCACCCAGGUUCAUCUCUCCUGCCUCUCAGCUCGUCAUCACCUUCUCCCUGAUCUCCGUUCAGCUGUUGGGUGUCUUUGUCUGGUUCGCCGUGGACCCUCCCCACACCGUCGUGGACUACGGCGAGCAGCGGACCCAGGACCCCAUGUCGGCGCGUGGAGUCCUCAAAUGCGACAUCUCGGACCUGUCCCUUAUCUGCUCCCUGGGUUACUCCAUCCUGCUGAUGGUGACGUGCACGGUUUACGCCAUCAAGACACGAGGAGUGCCUGAAACCUUCAACGAAGCCAAGCCCAUCGGAUUUACCAUGUACACCACCUGCAUCAUCUGGCUGGCGUUCAUACCCAUCUUCUUUGGCACGUCGCAGUCGGCAGAAAGGAUGUAUAUCCAAACUACCACCCUGACCAUCUCUCUCAGCCUGUCUGCCUCGGUGUCUCUGGGGAUGCUCUACAUGCCGAAGGUCUACAUCAUCCUCUUCCAUCCCGAGCAGAACGUGCCCAAACGGAAACGCAGCUUCAAGGCAAUCGUGACAGCAGCCACCAUGUCGGGAAAACUGACCCAGAAGGGAGGAGACCGACCAAAUGGAGAGGUUAAGACCGAACUAUGUGAGAGCAUGGAGACCAACACUUCAUCAACUAAGACGACAUACGUCAGCUACAGCAAUCAUGCCAUCUGAAGGGACCACAGAAGAAGAAGAAGAGGAAGAAGGGGUUUGGACAAUAGAGGGGGCGUGUCUUGGGGGGCGGGGCCAAGAGAGAGAAAGAGCCGUCAUUCGAAGCCGAUUGGCCGAAGAACUGGCGGACACACAGAGCGCCCAAUGGAAUCCAAGCAUGAGACAUUUUGUAUUGUUCCCCAUCAAAACCACAAAAAGGUGGGACCACAUAAACAGCCAAUCAGUGUGCCUGCUUUCCUGCUGCUCACAGCUCAUUGGUCCUACCAUGAACUUACCUGUUUUAAAAAAAAUAAAAGACAAACAUGAAAAAAGUGACAUACCAUAGGACACUGUGGUGGACAGAGUAACUAUUAAAACCUUCAAAAAAAAUGACAAAAAAAUCAUAAAAAUGGAACUAAAAUAACAAAAAAAUCAGAAACUGUGUAGACAUUAUAUCUAAAAGGGCAAAGGUGGGGCUGAAAAAGAGAUUUAACAGAUUACAUUUUAAAAGAUAUUUAAAAAAGAGAAAUGUAAGAGAAAAUCUAUGAGACUCAAACCUGUUUGUUGUUCUUCUCUACUUGUAAGUAUUUUUGUGGUCGUGACGAUUUUUUCAUUCUUGUCUCACCGUUGUCUGAUGGAUCGCCCUUGCAUAAUGAGAUGAGUGUGUUUCCUCCUGCUGUCUUGGCUAACCGGGUUGUAGCCUUGGGUUGUGAACCUGUAAAAUGCCAUGGUUGAAGCAUGCCAGUUUUUAUACAAAAAGGAGAUUUAUUUAUAAUAAAGGAAUGUUUUGCAAAUGUGUA